AAAACGAAGAAAAUUUCAGAAAAUAAAGGCGUCACCAUUUCGUCGACUGUGGCUAAGCGAAGGCCAGCUCCGCAAAUAACGGUAGCGAGUGCCCCUCAAGUAUUGUCACCUAAACGAUUUUGUCAGACUUCACUUGUAACGACCGGCAUUACAAAUCAUCAAAUAAUCGCUGGAACACCUGUUCAACAACAAGUUUUUGAUACCCAAAAUUUACUUCGUAAUCAAGCUACUGCUGGAUUAAUACAAUCAAUACCAGCAAAUCACCAUCAACAUCACGCUGCUUUGCAACAGCUGAUAGCAAAUAACAAGAGCUCGCUGCCGUUUUUGCACCAACAACCAACGCAGAUUCAGUUGCAACAUACAACAAGCAAUCUAGUACAACCAGUAACACAAAUAUUAACUACAACCGCCUCUUCAAUUAAUAACCAUACAAUCUUAAACAAUAAUAACACAACAUCCAACCAAAACGAGCUUACUAUUGCUGUUUCCUCAAGUAAUCCACAAUCAAAUUUAAAUUACGGCAACAACAAAAAACAAGGCUCAUCAACAGAAAAUUUGGACUCUGCUAACAGCAAUAAUAUCAAUACAGACAUUCAUUCACAGACCGCAAAUCCAUCAAACAACAUGGACAAUCCAAUGGGGCAAAUAGCACCAAUUGCUCCAAUAACUUUGUCUCAAAGCAUGGACUCAGUGAACACAAACAGCAAUGAAGAAGAGGUGCGUACAUUGUUUGUCAGUGGAUUACCAAUGGAUGCAAAACCACGAGAACUAUAUCUUUUAUUUAGAGCUUACGAAGGUUAUGAAGGAUCCUUGUUAAAAGUUACAAGCAAAAAUGGAAAAACUGCUUCGCCCGUUGGAUUUGUUACUUUUCAAACACGUGCCGGAGCUGAGGCAGCUAAACAGGAUUUACAGCAAGGGGUGCGCUUUGAUCCUGACAUGCCUCAGACUAUAAGAUUAGAGUUUGCUAAAAGUAAUACCAAGGUUAGCAAACCAAAACCUCAGCCUAAUACAACGACUACAGGCACUCAUCCUGCAUUGAUGCACCCACUUACCGCUGGGCACUUAGGAACACCAUUUUUCCCAGGUGGUCCAGAAUUAUGGCACCAUCAGCUAGCCUAUAGUGCAGCAGCAGCCGCUGAAUUACCAAGUGCAGCAGCCUUACAACAUGCCACGUUAGUGCACCCUCUUCAUCCUCAAGUACCCGUACGAUCAUACCUUUGACUAAAUUCAGACAAGUUCACAGAACAGUCGUUACAUCAGGAAUGCAGAAAUAGAGUCGAGAACAGGACAACCUAAUUUUGAAAAUUUGAAAUACCAAGAUCAUCAGAUUGAUUCAAGCUCUUCAUUGAAAACAACUUGACCUAUGAACAGACAAUAUCAACGAACCAUUUU